AUGGCGGGGGUCUUGCCUGCAGCGCGGCCUGCAGCUGGGUGGCAGGACGAGCGCAAUGAACCAGCGACGUCGGAAUCGUCGGCGGGAGCCAUAGUGGGCGGAUGGGGCGCCAAGUGGGCCAGCAUGGCACAAGCCAACGAGAGCGUGACGGACGAGGACGCACCCGAGGGGCUGCUGCAACUGGCGCGGCAGAUCCAGGAACGGCAGGAGGAGGACGAGGUGGAAGAGGAGGUUUGGGACGAAGACGGCCACGUCGACGAGGAGGAGAUUUACCCCGUUGAGCGAUCUUCCAGCGCCCGCAGGCGAGGCAUGGUUGGAGUUGUCGCCGGUUGCGGCGUGCCGAUUGAGUCGUCGCCCGGGAGCGGCAAGACGAAGAAGAAGAAGUCGUUUUUCGGGCUCGCGUCGAUCGUGCGAUCGCUGUCGGGUCGCUCGAGGAGGAGCCCUGGUGGGAAGGACGCGUCGCCCGCUGCCGCAGCGCGACGAGGCCAGAUUGCGCCCGAGCCGUACAGCGCGACCGACGCCAACCCCGCCGACGCGAGCAAUGCGCACGGCCGAGAGAUGCCGCAGCCGCAGAAGCUGCACUUUGCGCCGCCGCAGCAACAGCAAGCCUCGGCGCCCACUCCGCCGAGCGCGCAGCCACUGGCGUACCAGCAGCAGCAGAACCAGCAGGGCGAGGAGCCCGCAAGCAGCGGCCUGCAUCAGCUGCAGCAGCAGCUGCAGAGUCAGCAACAGGAAGCGGCGACGUGGAGCUCCGUGCCCGUGAAUCUCGAGGGGCUGCGCGACGUGCUCGACAAGCGCAUGGCGGAGGACCACGACGGCUCGAGCGGAAGGCUGGCGGAGAGCGGACAGCCCGUGCGCAGGUCCGGUAAUCUGCGGUCCGCGGACAAGUGGUUGCGGCAAAUUGCGGCGGCGGAAGAGGAAGGCCGGCUCGACAUCGCUACACGCCUCUUCGAACUCGCUCAAGAGUGCGGUUCGCAGCCUGUGGAGGCCAUUCUCGAAGCGAAGGAGGCGUUCAAUCAGCGCCACAGCAUUGCUCCGCCGUCCGCCAAAACUCCCCCGCGCUCCCCGCUGCGCUCCCCCGCGCGAUCUCCGGCCACCACGCGGUCCCCACUCCGCUCGCCCAUCUCGUCCCCGCUGCGCUGCCUCGCGCCCAAGGCGCAGAAAGACGCGGACUUAUCGGACGAAGAAGAGGACGCGGACGCGGAGCCGCGCCUGCGCGCGGCGGAAACCGGCAGGGCGCCGCGGAAGCUCCACGUGGACGAGAUUGAGAUCGAGGAUGUGCCUGACGUGGAUGGUUACAGCAGCGACGAAGGGAAGCGCGGGCAAGCGGAGGAGGAGGAGUGGGAGCAGGAACAAGAAGCGUGGGAGGAAGGCGAAGGGAGCGAGGAGGGUAAGCGAGGAUGGCUCACCAGGAUUCGCCAGAGAUCCCCUACUAGCUGCUUCAAGCCGUCGACCAAGCAGUCGUCGCAGCAGCGCCAGCAGCAUCAGCAGGGCGGCGAGAGCGGCAAGGCGUCGCCCGUGCCCGCUAGCCCGGGCAGCUCUGUGCCUGCCGAGAAAGCCGCCGCGGCUCACGCUGCCGCUGCCGCCUUCGCGGGAAUGGGCCAAUACGGCGCCACGACGGUCACGGAAGUAACAGAAGUGACGGAGGUGACGGAGGUGACGGAGGCGGAAACGGAGUCGGAGUCGGAGACGGAGACGGAAUCGGAAUCGGAGUCGGAGUCGGAAGGCCGGGAGGAGUCUGUCAUGGAGACGUCAGUUGGGGUAGCAGGUGGCGAUGGGGAUGCGGAUAAGGCGAGGGAGGAGAAGCAGGAGGCGAGCGAGGCUCACGCCGCGGCACCGGCACCCGCACCGCCGUCGCCGUCGGCAUCGUCGUCCUGCUCGUCGUCGUCGGAAGAGAAGGAUGAAGAGUCGCACGCGGAGUCGUUCAAGGAGUCGCACGUGGCGAUGUCGCAGGCGCAGUCGCAGUCGGAGAUGACGGCGCUGACGCGCGACGAUAGUCUCGAGACGGCGAACACGGCGGCGUCGGGAGUGGGGUCGACUUACCUGGAUGCUACAACCGCCAGUCCCGGCUCCGUGGCUUCGUCCAUCCACCCUGCUACAGCCUUCCGUUACUCCGCGUUGGAUUCCGCGAGCCCCGCGUUCCGCCUGCCUGCUUCCGCCCCCGCCCCCGCGCCCGCGCAAGACGCGUACAAGGGCGGCGCGGCUGCGGCGGCCGCGGCGGCGGCGGCUGUCGCGGCGGCUGCCGCGGCGGAGUUCAAGUCGCCGAUCAACUACGGCAGCGACGGCGACGACGUGGUGAUGCUGCGCGCCAAGCGAGCGCCGGAAUAUGGCGCGGCGGCGAGCGCAGAGUACAGCCAGGCGCACGCGGAGGCGCAGGCGCAGGCGCAGGCGCAGGCGGAAUCGACAUCCGCCGCUGUGCCUGCUUCCGCGACGAUCGCGCUAUCCGCGGGCGAGAGCACUAGCGCGGAAGAGGCGGAGGCUGAGGCGGAGUCGGACGCGGGGAAUGCGCGGAGGCUGCAGCAGCAGACGUGGGCGGAAGAGGAGCGCGGACAGGCGCAGGAAGAAUCCAUCGAGCGGAGCAACGCGUACAGUAGCAGCAGCGAGAGCGAGAGCGAGAGUGAGGAGGAGGAGGAAGAGGACGAGGGGGAGAAGAUCGUGCCAGUAGUGGACUCGUUCCCCGGGCCGGCGCCGACAGCAGCGGAGCAGGCUGCGGAGGCACGGCCGGCGGAGGUGCAGGCGGAGAGGCUCGCGGAGGCGCAGGCGGCUGCGCAGGCGGCGGCGCAAGCGGAGAAGGAGGAGGAGGAGGAGGAGGAGGAGGAAGAGGAGGACGUGUUUGAGGAUGAUGAGGAGGAGAACUGGGAGGACUGCAGGAGCGCGGCGGGCGACUGGAGCGAGACGGAGAGCGAGCGCAGCUACAAGCGCGACUACCGGCGCGGCGGCUCGCCUGUGACCCCGCCUGCUGCUGCUGCUUAUACGCAGCCGGCGCCCGUUGCGAGGUCGCCUGGUGCUGCUCCUGCGACCGGUGAGCGCGAGGAGAGCGAGAGGGCGAAGCAGGAGGAGGCGCAGGCGGAGUCUCAAAGUGAGAGCGCGGUUGUGCAGACUGUUUCCGAGGUGAGCGCUCGACUGAAAGCCGCCACCGCCGCCACCGCCGCCACUGGUGUAGCUGCUGCUGCGACUCACGCGGCGGUCCCCGCCAAGUCCCCUGUUCGGCAGGCGGCUAAGGCCCCCGUGCCCCUGGAAUCCGCGGGUUUCCUUGCGCCCACGGCGUCUACCGCGAGCAAGACCAAGGCGCCUGCUGUGUGCGCUACCUCUGGCGCUGCCGCCGCUGCCGGCGCUGCUGGUGGUGCUGGCGCAGCUGGUGUGGGCGCGGGGGGGAACGCUGGUACUGCUGCGGCGCGCGCGCGACGAAGGACCAGCCUUUCUGGAGGCGGUGGUGCUGCGGUGUCUGCUGCUGGAGCAAUGGCAGGAGGAGCAGCAGAGCGGGCUGCGAGCGGUGUGCCGAGGGGAGGCCCUCUGGGCAGGUCUGUCAGCGCUGACCGCUCCUCCCACCGCCCCUCUUCUUCUUCUGCUGCUGCUGCUGCUGCUGCUGCUGCUGGCGGUCACGCUCCUGUGUCGCCGCUGGCAGUGUCGACGUCGGGUCUCGUCUCGCCUCUGCACUCCCUCGCCGCUGCUGCUGCUCCCUCGCCUUCCCCCGCCCGUGGCACUGCGUCACCCGGCCGGGUGGGAGGCGGAAUCGGCAAGGGCGCUGCUGGUGCUGCUGGUGGUGUCGGUGCUGGUUCAGCUGCGAGCAACCCGAGCAACACCCUGGGCGCAGGGUCCCGGCGGCUGCUUAUGCUGCAGGAUCCUGCUCCUGGGAGCAGCGGUGGUGGCAAGGGAGGGAGGAGCACCAGGGGAGCGAGUGGAGACACGGAGGAGCAGGAGGGGAGCUGUGGGUCAGGCCUGGAGGUGCCAGCGCAGGGCAUGGGGUCUCUGCUCAAGGGCCUGGGGAGGGGCACAGACGCCACAGCGGGGAGUGUGGCCGAUCUGGACGACUUGGCAGGGGCGGAGGAGAGGGGGGAUGCGCUGGCGGUGCAGUUUCAGAAGUGGACUACCAGUCUGAGGAGCCCCAGCCCUAAGCCAGGUGCUGCGCCAGAGAGACCUCCCUGGGGCGGACCCAGGGGAGGGAGGCCUGCUGCGGCGAAUAAUGGGCCGAGGAACGGUGCCACAGCACAAGGCAGGAAGCUGUCUGCACCGACCGCCUCAUCCCGCAUUCUGUGA